AUGGAUCAUGAUCUCGAGAUUUUCCCGUUGCUUUCUUAUGUCCUUCACCAUUCCGAUCCAGCUUCUCACGCGCCACCGUCUCUGGCGAUUCAACAAUCCCUAGCGAAUCGUUAUCCCCUUCUCACCAAUCCCCAUGUAAUCUCUUCCCUGAUCGAUUCGAUUCCCAGUAACAUCACCCAGACGCUUUUCGUUUUCGGUUCUCUUGGUCCUCGACCCGAUUCUUUAUCGGUUUCUUCUGCUCGGACUAAGAUCGCUCAGAUCCGAGAGAUGGAUUCGUUUCCGCCGGAGGAUACGGCUAAGGAAGAGCAGAUUUACGCUACGGUUGUUCGAUUGGAGGAAGUUCACGACGGUUACGAGAAGCAGCUGAGGGAUCUGGAGGAGGAGCUGAGUGAGGUUUAUGCUUCGGCGGUUGAAUCGUUGAACGGUGGCGAUGAAGUGAACGAGGAGGUUCUGAGUGUGAUUAAGGAAGGAGAAGAUGGUGGAAUCGUUGAGAGGAUCAAUCUCUCUGAUCGUCAGCUUAAGUUGAUCCCUGAAGCUUUAGGGAGAAUGGUUGGUUUGGUUUCACUGAAUCUCUCUCGCAAUGAUUUGAAGUUCGUACCUGAUUCAAUCUCAGGACUUGAGAAACUAAAGGAGCUCGAUCUAUCUUCAAACCUUCUCAGGUCUCUUCCCGACUCUAUCGGGCUAUUACUUGACCUGAGGAUCUUAAAUAUGGCGGGGAACAAGCUAACUUCACUCCCGGAAAGCAUUGCGCAGUGCAGGUCGCUCGUUGAGUUAGAUGCCAGCUUCAACAACUUGACUCAGUUGCCUGCAAACUUCGGAUACGGAUUACUCAAUCUCGAAAGGCUAUCAAUCCAGCUGAACAAAAUCCGUUUCUUCCCCAACUCGAUAUGCGAGAUGCGUUCUCUAAGGUAUCUAGAUGCACACAUGAACGAAAUCCACGGGCUUCCAAUUGCUAUAGGGAGACUCACAAGCCUCGAAGUGUUGAACUUGAGCAGCAACUUCAGCGACUUGACCGAACUCCCUGACACAAUCUCUGAUUUAACCAACCUAAGGGAGCUAGAUCUCAGCAACAACCAGAUCAGAGUGUUGCCCGACUCGUUUUUCAGACUAGAGAAGCUGGAGAAACUAAACUUGGACCAGAACCCAUUGGAGCUCCCUCCACAAGAGAUUGUUAGCCAAAGCGCUAAAGCGAUUCUAGAGUUCAUGAUGAAGAGAUGGGAAGAGAUAGUCGAGGAAGAGCGAGUGAGAAUUAUGAUUGAAGCUGAGCAGCGACAAGGAGGAGCAACAGGUUGGUUCACAUGGGGAAGCUCCAUUGUUACUAAUCUCAUCUCUGGAGUUUCUCCAAGUGGUGAAGUUAAGAACCAUGAAAGAUCGUAUUUGGAUAAACAACUCUGA